UUCAGGAGCAGGAACGUCAGGAGGUGGAGAAGAAGGAAGGAGAUGGCCGACUAGCAGCUAACAACGAUACCUUCAACACUUCCUCUAGCGAGAUUCCUCUUUGCACAACACAUCUGCACAGCUGAAGUAGGAAGAGGACGUGUUAAAGUACUUCGCUCCUCUUCCACAAUGGCAGAACAAAACAGCAACGUCAGAUAUCAGGAGCUGGUGAAUGAGGAGGAACCGGCCCAGCCAUCCCAGGAAGGCCCUGCCCCGGACGCACCACCACCGUACAGCAGCAUUGCUGCAGCAAAUGCAGCUUUCUUUGAAUACAAGGAAGAUGGAGGGAGAUUUCCAAACCCUCCAUCCUACAGUGUUGCCACCACUUUGCCCUCCUAUGAUGAAGCUGAGAGAAACAAAGAAGAGGCAGUCAUCCCCCUGGUCACUGGAAGAGUCACGGAGGAUGACUUCGUGGCCAGGGAUGACUUUGAAGACGCUGACCAGCUGCGAAUAGGAAAUGACGGCAUCUUCAUGCUCACUUUCUUCAUGGCAUUCCUCUUCAACUGGAUCGGCUUCUUCCUGUCGUUCUGUUUGACCACGUCAGCCGCCGGUCGAUAUGGGGCCAUCUCUGGCUUCGGCCUGUCCCUCAUCAAAUGGGUUCUUAUUGUCAGGUUUUCUACCUACUUCCCUGGCUACUUUGAUGGACAGUACUGGUUGUGGUGGGUGUUCCUGGCCCUGGGCUUCAUGCUGUUCAUCAGAGGCUUCGUUAACUACUCCAGAGUGCGUAAACUGGCCGAUCCCACCUAUGCUACUCUUCCCCGAACAAGGGUACUCUUCAUCUAUUAGAGGAUGUUGGAUGUGGCAGGACCGGACGUGACCAACACGAGCAGUAACUCUGUGAAGAGUCUCAAAUUUUAAGUGGAGGCACCAGAAAAUCGGCCCAACGAGUUAUAGAUGAAGACAACUCUCAGUAAAAAUAUUCAGGAAUUAUAUCACUUGUUUUUAUUUUGUUUUAAAAACUUUAUUAAUGGAAAAUGAUUAACAGUAAUAUUCCCUUGAUGUACUCAUUAGUGAUGAAUGUCAAGUGCUAUUUACAUCUCUGUCUGUAAUGUAUAAGUAAUGCCUUAUAUCAUUUGAUGGUAACGUACGAGCAUGCAUCUGCCCUUAAGGUCAAUAAAUAGGGAGCGUCUCAUGUUGGCGACACUUGAAGCCAACAGGUAUUAAUUAAUACAACACUGGGUAGAUUUGCCACAGCAUGCAACACACUUAGUAAACUGCACUAGUCAUGGUUUUAUUGUGAUAAUUAUAGGCUGUUUUUAGAUACCACAUACACCUAGAGUUCAAGCUUUCAUUAGGCUGUAAACGCUGAUAUACCACGUAUUUCACUCACCUGUUGGCUUUAAGUAGUGUUGCCCUUUUUUAGCCACGAGGGGGCAGUGUUGUCCGCUGCUUUUAACUUGUGAGAAACUGUUCAUUAAGGGCAUUGUCAUAAUAAAACAUACAUGCUUGUGAUUCAAACGUCAGUAGAGCACAUUAAAAAUGACAUCCAUGUAUCAGAAGUUCUGAUUUUGCCUGUUAGAUAUUUUGUUGUACAUUUAAAUCAGGUAAAACAAUCCACCCUGGAAAUGCGAUUUUAGGUUACAAAUAUGAUUUUGAGAUGAGUUUUUAAUGAUAAAAAAAAAGCCAGAAACCCAGAUGGCCACAAAUGUCAAGUGAGGCUAAACGGUGACGGUUGACGGCGAAGAGAUGCAGAUGUUUUUGGACGACCAACAUGAUUUUCUUAUGGCUGUGUGAGCACAUUAUCUGGUUCAAGUCCUUAGAAAGCUCAUGUAGAUGAAACAGCCUGACCUUUCUAUGACUCUUCAGUGAGUCGGCAUCUCAUUCAUUGUCAGUGGAAAAGCUCUGUGAUUAUGGAAAACGACUCUUGGCUGUCUGGAUUUCAGCUGUUAAUGAUCCGAUUAUCUAAGAGCAUCAAAAAUAACUCAAAUUCCAUUUUCAGGUGGGUUUUUGCCUUAAGAUUUAAUUGAUAGAUGGGGGAAGGGAAAUCUGUUUUAUUUUUCUUAUUCUUUCUUUUUCUUUUUUGAAAAUGAUUAAUACGGUGUAAUAUGUUAGUUAUCUUGUGGGUAUAAAACUAUAUCAAAGAAUGUUGUAUGCAGGUGCACUUUUAGAAACAUAACCGAUAAAACCCAGAGGAUGUUCCCAUCGUUAUUUAGAGUCCCAGACAUAUAAAACAAUGAAGCGGCAUGUCAGGAUAAUGCAGUUUUUCAUGAUCUAACCACCGUUAUCAAUGGAAGAAGAAGUCCAUGGCUUUGGUACAGACUUAGUACUCAGACAGAUUAUGCUUAUUUCUAUGUGACGUAGAGCUGCAACCUUUGGGGUUUUGUUGUUAUGAAACUGUACAGAAAACGUUUAGUGUUAAAUAAAUGUCACUUUUAAUGCAUCA